GGUGCAUUUGUAUUCAGCGCUUGUAAGGAAGGCAGCUUGUUCUGUGCGGUGAAUGAGAAGUGAGCGUGUUCGGGCUUGGAUUUUUUUUUCUUUUAUUCCCCCUUAAUCGAAAGCAUUAAGCCCACACAGGUGAUAUUAAAUGUCAAACAAAAUCUUUGCUGGAAAAGCACAAAGAUUGCGUGUGCUGGCAGAAGCCGGCGCUUUCCAUUUAUUAGCAGUGAGAGUGACAAAGAUGUGGACUACCUGCUAGAAGAACCUUUCCUGCCACUUGUCCAUCCCUGGGCUUCCACCCCACUGGUGCUUUUUUCUCUCGAGUGGGAACAGCUUUGUGCUGGCUGUGGUUUGGGUUGGCAAGAGAGGCUGUUUCUUACAUGGUAGUUGGAUGAGGUUUGGAAAUGUUUGAUAGUACUUUUUAUUUUUUUCAGGUAAGCAUGUAUGACAUGUUGAGGAGAAUGAGAGGAGGUUUUUGCUGACUGUCAGUAGAGAAAAGCAGUUUAUUUUCUUGGCUCUCUGAGUAAAUGUGGCAGAUAGAUGCUCUUCUGCAUUUUUAGAUCAGUACAGAACUGUCACUGCAGUCAGCUUUGCCAUCCUCAUGUUGAGAGGUGGAAUGAAAAGGAAUUAAAACAAUGAACAGAUUUAAAAGGCAGACUGAAGGAUGCUGUAUUUCCGUAUUUGAGAAGCUUUUAGUCAGCCUUGUCUUGUGGAAAUGGGUUUGUGUUUUGAGGUUGUUUUUUGCUGGAUUUUCUUGUGUCGUCUGCUCUUGUGAAGCCUUGGGUACCUUUGUCUGGCACUUGGCUCAUUCUAGCCUUUUCUACCGCUUCUUGCACACCUCAUCCUGUGGUUGGUAAAUACUUGACGGUGGGCUGUUUGCAGCAUUGCUUUAUUUUUUAUGAGGAGCUUGUUAGAUUGGUCUGCUGAGUUGCUUUCUUACAGAAAAGGUCAUGGCCACUUGUCAGUGCCAAGUCCGAGGCUGUGCCAUGCUCAUAAGUCACUUCAAAAGGAGCCUUUCCAAAUGUACCAGCGAGCAAAUCUGUUGAGCUUUCUGAUGCUGCAGAUUCAGACAGCAGAGAUUUCAGAUGCAUGCCAGGUUCCCACUGAAUGCCAGAAGUAAAGAUCACUACAGAUGGAGCCCCAAAGUCAACAUGGCAGUGGUGGUUCACUAGUGGUGAUUCAGCAGCCCUCCUUGGACAGCCGGCAGCGGUUGGACUAUGACAGAGAGAGCCAGCCGACCACCAUCCUGUCACUGGACCAGAUCAAGGCGAUCAGGGGCAGCAAUGAAUACACCGAAGGUCCAUCAGUGGUGAAGAAAUCUGCUCCUCGGACAGCACCAAGGCAAGAGAAGCAUGAAAGGACUCACGAAAUUAUACCAAUUAAUGUGAAUAAUAAUUACGAACACAGACCCAGCCACGUGGGGCAUGUGGCCCACCAGCAUAACGUGAGGGCUCCCGUCUUGAGCAGAUCCACCAGCACGGGGAGUGCGGCCAGCUCUGGGAGCAACAGCAGUGCUUCCUCGGAGCAGGGUCUGCUGGGACGGUCACCUCCAUCCCGGCCGGGCUCGGGCCACAGAUCCGAUCGGACAAUCCGGACGCAGCCCAAGCAGUCCUCUCUGAUCGUAGAUGAUCUGAAGGGUCCUUUGAAAGAGGACUUGACGCAGCACAAGUUUAUCUGCGAACAGUGUGGGAAGUGCAAGUGCGGAGAGUGCACGGCCCCGAGGGCCCUCCCGUCCUGCCUGGCCUGCAACCGGCAGUGCUUGUGCUCCGCCGAGAGCAUGGUGGAGUACGGCACCUGCAUGUGUUUGGUCAAAGGAAUCUUCUACCACUGUUCUAAUGACGAUGAAGGGGACUCUUACGCGGAUAAUCCCUGCUCUUGUUCCCAGUCACACUGCUGUUCUAGGUACCUGUGCAUGGGAGUGAUGUCCUUGUUCCUGCCUUGCUUGCUCUGCUACCCUCCGGCAAAAGGAUGCCUAAAACUCUGUCGAGGGUGUUACGACCGCGUCAAUCGUCCAGGUUGCCGAUGCAAGAACUCCAACACGGUCUAUUGCAAACUGGAGAGCUGCCCCUCCCGGGGUCAGGGCAAGCCCUCAUGAUUUUUGGAGGGAGGUUUACUUCCUCCAACUGCAGUUUUUCAGGUUGUAGCUGAUAAUUUUUUCCCCCUCCUCUCUUAUUUUUGGGGGACCUGUUCUUUCACUUUCUGUCUCCCCAGCUUCCGAUACACAAGCUCUUCCCUUUGCAUCUUUGCUGUCCUCUUCCCAUUGACUUGCCUGAGCAUGGAGCAUUUUACAUAGUCGUUGCUGCUCGUUGGUAAGUGUGGACCUGGUACCUGCAUCUGCCACUCACUUGGGGCAGGGUCUUUUGAGUUUGUAAUGGAACCACUCCUGAAAGAGACAGUGAGGGCUCACUGGGCUCUGGAAGCUUCUUGCUCUGUGAAUAUCUUCCCAAAGAUGUUUUUCAUUCUCAGCAAUUUAUUUUUUUCCCCCUUAACCCCCUGGCUACCAAGGAAGAAUAAUUUUCAUGACUGAGCUGGAUUGUGAAAUGUUUUCUGUGUGUUCUUUCUGGAGAGGGAUGUAAAAUAAAGCCUUUACCAAAUGAAAGGCCUGACUCUUCUAUAAGCAGCCUGCUUGCCUUUUUUUUUUUCUCCUUUUUGUCUCAUUCCUUUCUUUUUGUCUUAACUUUUGGAGCAUUCUCAGUCAUGAGAGUUGUCCUGUCUCCUUUCUUUCUUAUAUGUUUUCAGUGUAACUUAAGUUUUUGCUACACUAUGUAGAUCUUCACAUUGGAGACGCUGUGGCUGUGACAUCCUCAUUUGUUUCUUUUGCUGUCAGACCUUUGAAGGAUAUUGCUCACUCCACCCUCCUCCUGUUUUUAUAGCCUAUCAGUAUCAGUUGAUAUUACAUUUGGUGGUGUUCAUAUAUCCAAACAGCCUUCAGGUGUCAUUAAGUCACCUAAAAGUUCUUGAAUCCUUAAUGUUCCUUGUGAUCCUUUGGUGAAUUUAGCUCUGCUCUGUACUUUAUAAUUUUAUUCUGUCCCUGUUUUAUUGCCUUAGCCACAAAUUGUGGUCCUUUUUUGUAUAUUUUAUGUAUAAAACACAAAGUUGAAUCCCAACUAUUUUUAAGACAAAAGUCUGUUAAAACUUUUUUUAUUGUAAAGAAUAUUUAUUAUGUGAAUCUCUAUUAUUUUAUGAUAUUUAUUGCAAAAGACUUUGAAAAUGUACUCAUGUCUGAAUAUAACAAAAUAUCAAUACUUAACGAAGUAAGGAUGACACAAAGAAAGUACAUAUGUUAACUAUAAUGCAGAAAAUAUAUUAAUUAAUGAAAA